AGCAGGAAAGAUGGCGGCCGGUUCGGGGGCUGCAAGCGGCCACGGAGCUCGCAGCUCCAACGCUGCUCUGGAGGCGUCUUUGGACCGGCGAUUUCAAGGAGUAUCCAACACUAUGGAGUCGAUACAGGGACUUUCAAGCUGGUGCAUUGAAAACAAAAAGCACCACGGCGUUAUCGUUCGCUACUGGAUGAAGUGGCUCAAGAAAUCUGACAACAAUCACCGCUUGAAUCUCUUCUACCUUGCCAAUGAUGUGAUACAGAACUGCAAAAGAAAGAAUGCUAUUGUCUUUCGUUCGGCCUUCGCAGAAGUCCUUCCUAAUGCUGCUCAGCUCAUCAAAGAUGGGAAGGUCCGCAGAUCAGUGGAGAGGAUUUUCUUGAUUUGGGAGGAGAGGAGUGUGUAUCCCGAGGAGGUCAUUGCCCAGCUCAAGGCCAGCUUGAACAAAAAGGAAAAAGAGCGAGAAAAGCAGAAGGAGAAAGAAAAGGAGAAAGCAAAAGAAAAAGAAAAGGAAAAGGAAAAGGAAAAAGAAAAAGAAAAGGAGAAAGAAAAGGAGAAAGAGAAAGAAAAAGAGACUCCCCGGGCAAAUGCCCCAACCAACACCAAAGCUGCCCUCAAGUCCAAGAUUGUAGCAGAGUUCACACCCCAUUCCCUCAUCGAACAGUUGUCAAGAUAUAAGCGAGCGGUUGCCGAAGAGGAGUUCAGGGAGAAGCAGCUGGCAGCUCUCAGGGUGGAUGUGUGCAGCACGGAGGCUCUUAAGAGACUUAAAGAAAUGUUUGCUUGUUUGUCCUCCUUUAUUUCAGACAAGGCAGGAGGGAACAAGUUUGCUAAGGACUUUGAGGACGGCAGUCUGAAGCUGCAGGAGUUUGUCGGCUUCCUGGACAAAGAGUUGAAAACAGGGCCUCCUCUGCUGGAAGCUUUGGGAAACGCAGACAUUUUCUACGAGAUGCAGUACAAGGAGGUUAAAAUUGUGGCCAAUGCGUACAAUGCCUUUGCCAACCGUGUGGCCAGUCUUAAAAGGAAAUUAGAUUCCCUCAAGUCGAAUCUACCUGGACCCGAGGACUCUCCCAUCCCCUCACCCUCUGAAGACGCCCCCUCUCCCACUGGCUCUGACUCACCCUUCCUGGGACUGGGGACUAGCAGAGCCCAGGUGGAUCCAGAGCUGGAUGGCAAGGCCAUGGAUGAAGGAGAAAUGCACAGUGACAACAGAGACAUGGAGGACAUGGAUAUGUCUGAUGAAGAGGCUGAUGCUGCCACAGAAGGGGCAGAUGACAAGAAAGAGAAGGCGUCCGCUGCUGUUGCCAAGACUACAAAGUCAGACGUAGCAUCAAAGCUUCCCACCACACCCACGAAAGCUUCAAAGACCCAUUCUACUGCUGCCGCCACGGCCACCCCAGUGACUCCCACCGCUGCGACUGCUCAGAGCGCUCCAACAACCCCUCUGGGAGUCAAUCUGGAAAAGGUGGACCUGGGAAAGAUCAGCUCCAUUCUCAGCUCACUCACAUCUGCCAUGAAGAAUACAGCAGCUAGCCCUGCUCGACCAUCACCAGGAACACCCACAACUCCCUCUGGCCAAUCAGCAGCCUCCAAAGCGACCCCUUCGAGCCCUGCCCUGGCCAGCAUCCUGUCACGUGUUGACAUCACACCUGAAGGCAUUCUUAAUGCUCUGUCUAAAACAAACACACCAGGUUUGUCCUCUCUCCUGCAAAGUGUGACAAACACCUCCUCUGCUCCUCCCACCCGAACCUCCCCAGAAUCAUCAGCUGUUAAAACCCCGCUCACCCCAACCACCCCAAAAACAAAACCCACUCUGGGCAACAGCCUCAAAAGAGACACACCUGGGAGAACCAGAGACUGGGAGAAAGAGAGACAGCUGUCCCCUCCUCCUCCACCCCCGCCUCGCCCCUCAGCUCCUUCCGUCUCUCCCCCCAGCCUAGAAUCGAAAAUCAACAGCUUCUUGCAGGGUAAUCCAGGUUUUAGUCUUGCUCUAGGUGAUGUCAGUCCUGAUGGGGUGGAUGGGACCCCAGUGAGAGAUGAGGCUGCUGGCACCCCCACCCAGGAUGAGAUCAUGGACACACCUGGUAGUGUGCCAGAGUCUCUAGGGUCAUCUGGAGGUCAUAACCUCUCACCCACUGCCUACCGCAGCGAACCCUGGGAUGCUGUGAUCACCCCGUCAGGAAGCAACAGCAACGGAGACUUCAUGGGCUCUUCCUCCUCCUCUUCCCGGUAUGGAGCAGGGAAAAAGAGCGGCGCAAAAUUAAAGGACGAUGAAGUGAGGAAUGUGAGGAAGCAGGUCUCCUCCUCCCCCAGUCACGACAGGAAGGGUAACAAAGAUGGACAACACAGCCAGUUGAGGAUGAUGGGAAACAACAGAGGGAACGGAGAAAGGAGACUCUCUGGAAGCUCUCGUAAGGCAAGCAGUGGCUCAGAUGAUGGAAGUCUGAGUGCGAAAAGAGAGGACAAGGGGAAAGGGUCUCCAGCAAGUGGGAAGGAGGGCCAGUACCAUCGUAUUGAGACACUAGUGUCGCCCUGCACUGAAGGGGCACCCAUUCAAACUCUAGGCUACUCUAACCGCCCACUCGCUGGAGAGCGCAUCAAGACGGUAGAGAGCAUUCGCGUGAUUGGCCGAGGCUCUCGGCGAGGGGGAGGGUCAGGCGGUCGGCCAGGGGGAGCAAUGUGGUAUGAAGAGGAGGAAUACAUGGAAGCUCAGCCUCCCUCACCCCAUGGUGUCCCCCCUCCUCUUAACAUUGGUCAGGGGGGCAGUGAGGACUUAGCCCCCUCCAUGCCUCCUCCCCCACAUCUCCUCCUCCCACAUCUCCACCCUCCUCCGUCCCAUCCGCACUCACAUCCUCCUCCCCAAUCUCCGUUCCAAAUGCCGUACCAUGCGGAGAACAUGCAGACUCCUCCCCCGUCACUCCUCCACCAACAUCCUCCUACAUCCCCUUUCUUCGGCGCUCCUCCACCAAUCCCUCGACCCCCUCCGCCCCCCGUACCACAGCGCCCUUCCCCUACACCUUCCCACUCCUCUGUGCCCUCUGCAGUCAUGGUGGGGGGAGUGCUGGUCCCUGUUGACCGCCCCCUUUCUCUUCCUCCCCCAAUCAGACCCGAAGGUGUGGAUCGAGGCGGGAUGGGGCCCAGAGGAAGCAAAGUAGGCCCUCCACCUCUCAUGUCAUCGUUGUUAGGGGAACCCCCUAAGCUGCACCGUCCUGGCACAGUUAAAGAGCCAUUUGUCCCCCGUCAUGCACCCCCCCUCCACCGCCAAGGUGCCCCUGGUGUUCCUCUACCCUUACUGGGCAGAGUGAAGGAGCCUCUGAAUCUACCUCUUCCAUCCCCCUCUCCCUCUCCCACAUCCUCCACAACCUCUCCCUCCACUCCUAACUCCCCGGCAGUCGACACUGUCCCUACUCGCCUUCCAAAUCAGUCUGCUGCCCCUCCUCUCCACAAGCCCCCCACUAGUCCUCCAGCUCAGUCCCGCAACCAAACCUCUAACCCCGUUCCCCUCCUCACCUUACCCAGCCCUCGACCCCCGAUCCUCUCACUCCCCAUCUCACAGAGACCUCUGCUACGAGGCCGAACCCCCUCUCCGCAGAUUAACCAAGAUCGCCCCAUAGGGGGUUUCCGUGGGGGCAAGCGGCCUGGUCCUCCAUUCACAGGUGGUCCCUUCCAUGCUCAGAAGAGACCCUUCCUACCCCCACGCUACUGAAGUGUGGUCAUCUAUGACAUGCUGAACGAGAAGUGCAAGCGCCCUGCGCUGAAGUGCAGAGUGUGUGUUAGCCCUGCUGGUAUGAGCCCAGAUAUCUUUACUCUGUUAAUUAGCUUGAAUUAAAACUACCUUAGGUUGUGUGUAAAUAGCUGAUUAAAUCUUCAUGCUUCAGCUCGGUAGCCAGCCAGUCAUCUUACACUGUACAGUACAGUUACAUAGUGCAGAGUGUUGUGUAACCCUCAAUCUAUCACUUUUCUCCCCAUCUCUCCAUACACAUUAGAUAAAAGUCUGGAGUGACCAUGGGAAGAAAACGCAGAUAGUUCAGACAAGAAAUUAAAAUAUACUUUUAUUUAGAGUUUGCCUACCUGUGUGACUGUUGGGUUACUUAACCUGAGAGAGAGCAGGACAGUGAAAGAAACAUGUAUGGGUCUCAUGGCAUACAGAGGAAAGAAACUAAAAGCAAUAGUUAAGACAUUUGGGGAAAUAAGCUUAUUGGCUUUCUUACUCAGAGUUAAAUGGGAAGAUCAAUACCAUUUGUCUGCUGAAUAUGAAACUACAGCCGGCUGCCACUUAGCAUGAAGACUGGAAACGAGGGAACAGCUAUCCCUGAUCUGUCCGAAGGUUUAAAACAAAAUGCCACGACUAAAUGCUCUAAAUCUCACUAAUUAAGACACUGUAUUUUGUUUGUUUUUAAUCCAUACAAAAACUGAAGUGUAGAAUUGACAAGCUGUGGCGAUAACGUGCCCAGACAGUUUUGUCUCUAAGCGCGGUGACUUCAUUAAAUUUGCCCGGCAACCUCACAGCAACAGCAAUACUCCAGGAAGUCACUGCACCACAAAAGGCAGGUGGAUUUUGUUACCUUUAGACAACGGAAGUCUAACUGUCCACCCCUGUUUCCAGUCUUUAUGCUAAUCUAAUCGUCUCCAGCUUCAUAUUUAACAUACAGACAAGCCAAAUUGUUCCUUUUUAAAAAUGUUUGGUUUUGAAAGUAAGUUCCAAAGUAAUCUCUUCUUCCAUGAGUGUAUGGGUGUGUGCUGUGUGCCCCUAAAAUGGUGUUUCUCAUUUGAAGUGAUGAGAUUUCUGUUGCAGCCGAGGUUAAAACCUUAUUCCUAUUUCCGGAGUAACUGCUGUAAAUAAUAUUCUUCUCUUGCUCUUUUUUUCACACUUUCUCCCACUGUAUAUCUCUAAGCUUGUAAAUAUAAAAAAAAAAAAAAAACUGAGAUGAUACAGCUUUUUUCUCUCCAAGCUCUUGUUUCUGUUUAAUGAGGACAAUGAUCGUCACUCACGCAAUCAUCCCCCCCCCCCGUCUUUACUGUGAUUGAGGCCUUGGAUAAGCUUUUAGCUCCAGAAGAAUUUCUCCACAGUGUCUGUCGCACCUUUCUGUCCUCCUUUUGAAAAACCACCACGCAGAAGAGGAGGUUGAAGAUAAUUCUGUGUUUUUAUUUCCAACAUAAAUGUCUGCCUGUCUGCGCGCUUCAAGUUAGACUGAGUCAUGAAGAUACUCAGUAGUGGAUGGUGGGCGGGGGGGUGUAUUUCAGCUUGAACCACACUUCUUUCUAGGCUUCAACAUGUACUGACUUGAAUAAAAUCCAGAGUUUCAAUUCAACCGGGGGGGAGGUAUUUUAUUUGGUAUCACUUGAAUUGCGCUUUGUUGUAAUUUAUUUGCGCUGUUCAGUUGAUUUAUUUUUUUCUGCUUGUUUUUUCAGACAAAUAGUUUUCAUAUAUCUACACAGCUGCUGCCAUUUUCAUAUUACAUUAACAUUUAAUGCCUUUUAUUAUUUUUUUUUGCGCUGUUUUUUUUCUACUAGAGGAAUUGGCAAUUUUCCAUUCGCAGCAGCACCCACAGAUGGUAACAGGGGAGGGGGACGAAAACAUUUGAGCUAAUUAGGACUGUUUUGAAAAUGGUUUAUUUACAUACUACAGUUGUUUUGGCCCCAUCUUCUGUUUUGUUCCUUUUGCUAAUUUCAUGCUUUUGCCCUCAAGCCCCUGUGCUUACCUUGUGCUCACAUGGCUUUGUCCAGAAACACUUCCUGCACCUCUCAACACUUCUGAUGGUAAAAAAAAAAGGGUCCGCAUUCCUCCCCCCUUGUGCAGGAAUUAUUGACGCAAUGCUUCCCCCGCCUGUUAUGUAGUUUACCCCACGCAGUGAGAGGUGCAUGCUGGGUGUUGCUGCUCAAAGUGUGUGUGUGUGUGUGUGUGUGUGUGUGUGUGUGUGUGUGUGUGUGUGUGUGUGUGUGUGUGUGUGUGUGUGUGUGUGUGUGUGUGUGUGUGUGUGUGUGUGUGUGUGUGUGUGUGUGUGUGUGUGUGUGUGUGUGUGUGUGUGUGUGUGUGUGUCACUGAGCACCUGCAAACGUAUGCACGUACGCAUAAAGUUGGUGAAUAGAUACAUUGUAAAAAUGUAAUAAUAACAACAAAGAGCAUAUUUAUAAUUACAGUGUUAGCACAUCAGAGUUCUGAUGUUUUACUGAAUGUUACACAAGUCUGUUUGCCACCGUCUGUAAACUGUAUGUCUUUUAUCUGAUAGUUUCUUUUGCAAAAACAGCUAAGUAUCAACCCAAAUCAGUGUGGUGUGUUCACAUUGCACACAGGAAACAGUAGAUAUGUUGUUACAAACAUCUGCUUACUUCAUCAUUUUUAAUUGUCCCUGUAAAUAGCCUCUCUGUUUUUUCUCUUCACCUCUACUUUAACAGAUUGAGUUUUGAAAUUGCUGAUGGUGUCUGUACAUUUGAUAAGUUUUAAUUGCUCUUACUGCUGUUCUCAUCAAUGAUGCUAUAUCACUGGU